AUGGAUUUCGUGGAAUUCGACUCAUUCAACACAGACGAUAAAGAUGUUAACCUACCUCAACCACAACCGGCAUUGUCACUACCUAUAGCAUCAAAUUUGGAGAAUUUGAGCAAAAAGUUUUCUGGUUUUAGUCUAUCGAGGAAGUUAACCUUGACCAAGAAUGACAACACUAUGAAUAAUCCACAGUCACAGGAAAAUGAUGUCAUGGACAAAUAUGCCAAACUCUCAUUGAGUCUUUUGAAGGGUGAAGAGAUCCUGAGCAGCCCAGUCAUAAUUAAUCAAAAUGUCACCGGUUCAUUGAGCACGCGUUUGUCGAGAGUUUUCAAUGGAUCAAUCAGUGAUGCACGAAUGAGAGAUAUAUUCACAAGUCUUGAAGAUAAGUUAGAUCAUAAUGUGGAAUGUUACCAAGAGCUAGUUGAACCGGGGUUCAUGGGCACAGUAUCAAGAAAAAAGUUGAAAGGUCGUAUUGAACAAGAAUUGAUCAAAAACCAGACAACCAUUUUGAAAGAAUACCAACCAAUAGUGAAACAGUUGAAACAUAUGGAGGCUAAACUAAAGAAGCUAAAUGAGCUAAACACCCAGACGAAUGACCGGUUACAGAAAAACUUUCAAUUUCUGCAUGAGUUCAACACCACAGUCAAUAAACUAUACGAGGAGAAGCAAUUGAUCGGAAUCAAGAAGGACCUCUUAGAAGCAUUCAAGAAAAAGUUCACUUUAAACGAAUACGAAGAGUAUGUGCUAGUACAAGGAGACUUGAAUGAUGAGUUUUUCACCGCAAUGAGGAAAGCAGAAAGCAUUGUUGAUAAUUGCUCGAUUUUAUUGGCUGAGGAUAACCCUCAAUUGGGAUUGAAAAUCAUGUCAAAGACAAAUGCCGUCAUUAGUAAGGCUAUAGAGCGAUCAGUACACUACUGUCACAGAACAUUAGAUAAUUUAUACUCACUCAAUUCGAAAAGUCGAUUGAUAACGUUACACAAAUGUUUUCAAGUCCUUAGAGACAAGGAUCGUUUUGAUGAAAUUAUCGACAAGUUCAGCGAGUCAAGGUCAAAAGAUUUACUACACGAAUUUUAUAAUCAAGUUCAAGGACAAGUUGAAUCUCCACCGAAUGAACGAGGACCCGGUGCAAGAAGUGCAACAUCGAGCAGUACUGAUAUCAGACCAUUAUUCUUGUCAGCACAUGAUCCCGUCCGAUUUGUUGGUGACUUUCUCGCUUAUAUUCACUCUAUUGCUGUCAAUGAAUCAGAAACAAUUACAAAUAUUUUCACCAUGGGCGAUGAUAAUGACCAUCAAUUUGAUAGCAUUAUACAAAACGUCACAAACAAGAUUUUAAGGGCCUUGUCAAAGCCAAUAAAAUCAAGAAUUGAACAAAUCAUAUCAGCAGAGACCAAGUUCCUUACAAUUUUUCAGAUAUUCAAUUUAGUUGAACUUUACUCCAUGAUGUUUGGUAAACAACUACACCAAUCGGAUGAUCUAGUUUCGACAAUGAGGGUGCUAGUUUGUGCAUGUCAAGAUCGAAUAUUUACCAUUGUUUCAAAUAAAAUUGCCACAAUUUCUUCGAGCAAUCUGGCAAGGUUGGAGUUGAACCUAGAUUUGCAGCCGCCGGAAUGGAUCAUUGAUUUCUAUUCGGAAAUUUUACCCAUGAUUGAUCAAGUCGCUAGUGAUACUAUACUUCAUUUGUCGCAAGAAGAAAACGACCGAUUUCUAGCUUUAAUCAUUAAUCAACCCAUCAAGGUGUUUACUGAACAUGUACAAGAUAAUAAAAUUUUCACCAAACGAGAUUCCUACAUUAUACGGUUCAAUUUUUUGGAUUUAAUUCAAUCUAAAAUUAUGCCAAUCUCGUUGUUAUCGGAUAAAGUUUUAGAACUCAAUGAUUUGAACAAUGAUUUGAUCGCCAAACUAACCGAUUUAGAGCUUACAAGUUUACUACAAAAUUGUGGGUUAUAUGAUUACUACAACAUCAUUAAUAUGAUUUGUCCAUUUUCGGAUGAUUUCUUUGAACCUUCAAUUUAUGAACCAAUAAAGGAGAAUAAGCUAUACAGCAUGGAAAAUUUACAAAAAGUGGAUACAACUUUGCAAGAGUAUGUGCCCAACGCAAUGAUUGAAAUUCAGCAACUGUUGCUUCGAUUGAAUUCGCCGGUAACUGUCACGGACGUGGUGAACAAUGUAUUUUUGGAAUUUGUCAAAUUUGUUGAAAAGCUAGAUUCAAUCAACAGAGAAUAUCUAGAGUUUAACUUUACGUGGUCGGAUUUUGAAUUGGCAACAAUGUUGGGAAUUGACGAGGUCUAUGUAACGUAUAAGCAAAAUCUUAACUCCAUAGAACAAUAA